GUUUGCACGAUUCAUUGCAGAACUUGACGGGGAAGCGCUAACCACACGCCUAUCACAACACUUUGUAACAUCCAUCGCCAAAGCUUGUGCGUGAAAUAGCCGCGAAAUUGCGCAAAUACUCUCCACGUCCCGGUCACAACGCUGCAACUUCCCCUGACAGCGCAUUAACACCUGCCUUCAAAUUUCCCUCGGCUUUUCCCAACCGAAGAUCUGAAAUUGAGAGUUUCAACAGGUUGAGAAAAUGAGGGGACUUUGGCUCUUUCACAGCAUUGUCUUGGUGGUUGCUCACAGUCGGGUAACAUUUGUAGGUGACCAAGUACUGCGUUUCCGUGUUAACAGUCAGGAGCAGCUUGCUAUGGUGAAGUUCCUGGCAGAAUUGGACAAUCUGAAGCUUGAUUUCUGGAAAGAACCUGUAAGCAUCUCACUCCCAAUUGAACUCCGUGUUCCUCGCAAGCAUGUCCACACUGUCAAAUCUUUCCUGGAGUCCAAUGGUAUCACAUAUUCUGUCAUGAUCAAGAACUUGCAGCCUUUGGUGGAUGAACAACAUAUGAGCAUGUUGGGUUCUGAUCUGGGACGAAAUGGGACCGACAGCUUUAAUUAUGGAAACUACCACAAAUUAAAGGAGAUUUUUACAUGGCUAAAGGAUCUUGCAGCUGAAAACCCACAAUUAGUCCGAAGAAUCAAGAUUGGUAGAAGUUCCCAAGGGCGAGCUCUUCAUGUCCUGAAGUUUAGCACUGGACGUAACCGUCCUGCCAUAUGGAUUGACAGUGGUAUCCAUGGCCGUGAAAGAGUAGCACCUGCUGUCGCAAUCUGGAUUGCAAAGAAGAUCACGACUGAUUAUGGAAUUGAUCCCUCCAUCACAUCAUUACUGAAUAAAAUGGACAUCUUCAUGGAAAUCAUGGCAAACCCAGAUGGCUAUGUUUACAGUUGGACCACAAAUCCAAUGUGGCGUAAGACCAUGUCCAAAAGCCCUGGAACUCAUUGCUUUGGAGUUGAUGCAAACAGAAACUUUGACACUAACUUUGGAGGCAAUGGGAGUAGCAAAGCCCCUUGUGCAGAAAGUUAUUGUGGGCCUCAUGCGCAUUCCGAACCAGAGGUGAAAGCCAUUGUGAAUUUCAUCAAAAACCAUGGCAAUUUCAUGGUUUUCAUUACACUCCAUAGCUAUUUCCAGCGUUUGCUGUAUCCUUAUGGACGUACACACAUGCCUCCAGAAAACUUUGAAGAAUUGGCCACACUAGCCAGUGAAGCAAUUGAAGCUCUGACCUCCUUGUAUGGCACUCAGUAUACACAUGGAAGUAUUGUACAAGCUAUUGGUGAGAGUAGUGGGAACAGCAUUGACUGGAGCUAUGACCAAGGUAUUAAAUAUGCAUAUGCCUUUGAGUUGCGUGAUGAAGGUCAAUAUGGCUUCAAACUUCCACCGAAUCAAAUCGUUCCCACGGCUGAAGAAACCUGGUUGGCCAUCAAGAAAAUAAUGGAGCAUGCUUCCAAUGUCUUACCUUGAUAUUAUCGCUGCUGAUUUAGAAGGCCAGUGCUCAGGGCCAACCAGCUACUUAACUGUAUUGUUAUUGUGCAUCCUUUCUGCUGUAUGGCUAUAGAUACAGAAUUGCAUAUUGCUAUAAUACUUAACACAACAUACAGUGCAAAAAGAUGGAAGCUCAUUACUGUCACCUCUGCCAUUGCAGAUUUACAUUAAUUCCAGCUUUUACAAGCAAAUGGUUUGAGAAGAUACCUGAGUGACAGGGCUGACCUUAGCUUUAAUGUAUAAUAACUUGUUCACUGUUCAAAUUGAGAGGUUAUUCUAAUCUGACAAUGAGGGGUUCUCCAACCCUUGGUCAGGGUUUACUUCAAUCUCAGAAUAUGUGUGUAGUGUUGAAUUGUUCAAUUUUUCUGUGUUUGUCUAUAUUUGUCUGGUAGGAGAAAGUAAGGACUGCAGAUGCUGGAGAUCAGAGCUGAAAAA